AUAUCCUAUGCCCAUUGAUUCAGCCACAGAGACCUGCAACAGAGGCUUGAGAGAUUUGUCAUGAAUAAUGAAUAAAAUUCAAACCUGCAUGUAGUGUUUUUCUUUAAACAUUUUUCUUCAUUUCAUUAUGAGCGGCACAGAGGAUCGCAUGAGAGUCAUUCUUGGCUGCAUGACCUUUGGUCGUGAAGGGGGUGGUGCCCGUGUGAGAACGAACGAAGAGGCAAGCGAGAUUAUUUCGACAUUCCGUCAGUAUGGCCAUAAUGCAUUAGAUACGGCCAGGAUCUAUGCUGAUGGACAUACAGAGGAGAUGAUGGGUCAGCUUGAUCUAUCAGGUCUGACGGUGGAUACCAAAUGCUUUCCGUUGCAACUAGGAGGUCUGGAGCCACAACGGGUCAAGAAAUCACUUUAUGAAUCACUGGAAGCGCUUCGGGCCGACAAAGUCCAUGUAUUUUAUUUACAUGCCCCCGACUAUGCAACACCGAUUGAGGAUACAUUGAAAGCUGUGAAUGAGCUGUAUCUAGAGGGCAAGUUUGAGAUCUUUGGAUUAUCAAACUAUCCAGCUUGGGUUGUGACUCAGAUUUAUUAUAUUUGUAAGAAUGAAGGCUAUGUGUUACCGAGAGUAUAUCAGGGCAUGUACAAUGCUCUGACUCGAAGCAUUGAACCAGAGUUAUUUGCCUGUCUUGAUGAGCUGAACAUCAAGUUUCAUGCUUAUAACCCAUUAUGUGGAGGUGUUCUUGCAGGUCUGUACACAUAUGACCAGAACGAGGUAGAAAAGGGAUCGAGAUUCGACCCCGACGCGAAGCAAGGUAUUCGUUAUCGUGAGCGAUAUUGGAAGAAAGAAUACUUUGAAGCGAUUGAGGUUCUUAAGCGUGUCUGCGAACCUCAUGGACUUAGCCUGAUCCAGGUUGCCUUUGACUGGUUGCAAUUCAAUUCUAAAAUGCGUGUUCCACGCGGCGAUGGCAUCAUCAUCGGUGCAUCCUCUUUGAAACACACAGUACAGAAUUUGGAUGCUCUGAAAUACGGCAAACCCCUGCCCCAGGACGUGUUGGAGGCUGUAGAUCAUUGCUGGGACAUCACCCGUGAAAGUUCCCCACCUUACUUUAGAACAAAAGACCAGAUGAUGGGUCCACGAUAAAAGAUAUGUUUUUUAAAGACAUGUGC